AUGAAUAAUAAUAGCAAUAACAAAUAUAUGUGUAUGGAAGUGGGUUACGAUGAUCCUGAUAAAGAAUAUGAAACCCUUGAUGAUGACACUUAUACAGAUAAUUUUUCUAUACCCACAUCAUCAACAACAACUUCUUUGAUAAAUACUGAUCAAAAUAGCUAUUGUAUUGAUUUUAAUGAGGAGUCAUUAAGCAAUGUAAAAAAAUUUAUUGAAAAUUCUGAAGAAUUUUUAGAUAGAAAAGAUGAUAAUGAUAUAGAUUGGUUAUCAUCAGAUUUUGAUGUGCAAUCUGAUGUGGGUUCUUUGUGGGCUUCAACCAUUGACGAGUUUGAAGAUUCUGUCCAUAUGUUAAGUGAAGAAAAAAAGACUAUUGAUGAUAAUGAUAGAUGUGUAAUUGUUGAUCUUGUGAAUGGAAAGUUACAACGUUGUAAAAAUACUAUAUUUCGUCCUCUUUGUCAACUUUUGGGUAUCUGGGAAUUAGAUUUUGAUGAGGUUAAUAAAGCCAUCAAAGUGAACCAACCAGAUGCGACAGCUCUAUUGGGUACAUGCUCAAGUCACUACAGUUUUGAUAAUAAAAAUCAUUUAUCACAUUUAAAAAACAGUGUUCCUACUCAUGACGCAUGGAUAUAUAAAAGACGUUGUGUGAAAGCAUUACACACUUGUAUUGAAGACCACAAUGAAGACAAUUCCAAGUCUCUCAAGCUCUUUGGAGAAUGGUUACAAAAUAUUUCAACAUCAUCUGAUCAAAUAAUUAAAAAUUUACUUCUUGAAGAGCUCUCAGUUUCACUUUCAAAAUUUUUUAAAAGAAAACAAUUGUUACAAACGCAACCAACUUCUAUAUCUGAUGGUAAAUCAUUAUUACUUAAACACCAAUUUGAUAAAAUCCAAAUAAUUUUGCUUCGUGAAGUUGAGGAGUCAAAAAUUUUUAUUUCAAGUGGUGAAUGCUUUUUACAAAGCGAAAUUCUUCAUUAA